CGCGAGAACGUUUUCGCCGUCGACACUCGUCGUCAGUAUCGUAUCGUCAGCCGUAUCGUUUGUGUGUCUGUGCCUGUGUUUUACAUUCGCGCGUCCGUUCACCGCCGUACCGUCGUCGUCGGUUUUAAGUCGAUUUUUGUUUUGUUUUCGUAGAAUUUUGUCGCUCUCAAAAAGUUUUUAAAAAAAAAUACGCUCUUUCUUUUUUUAACGUAACAUUAUAAUAUCAGCUUUCCGCGGGUUCCGUUCGAUAGUUUUUUCGCACACCCCGCAGAACCACAGUCGCUUGGACGAGAAACGCGCCCGCACGACAUCGUCUUUUCCACAUUUCGGGAAACACUAUGCUCCGGCCGUGGGCCAACGCAGCAGCCGCGCACGACCGACGUGACUACGUCGUGGCCGCCGCCGUGCCAACGCGCUGUUAACGACACUCGCGUGGCGUAACGCGUGCUGUAAUUCCGUCCGCGGCGGACACGCUCAGGGGAUAAAUCGGCCGAGGAGUACACCUCUCGGGCCCGGCGUGUCUAGUCGUCCCUAGUUGUCGUCUUAACGAGAGCACUUUUUUUUUGCGCCGACCGCGAUAUAAUAUCGGCCGACCCGACCGACCGACCACCGCCGUCGCAUCACCACCACCGCCUAACCUAACCAUGGUUCUGUUCGACAACCUGUUCGGGUUCCCAGGGCUACCGGGCUGCCUGCGAUUCUUCUCGCCACCGUCCGCGGCCGCCGGGCGACGGCCCACGUCAGCGACUAUGCGUGGCGUGUCGUGCACCAAGAUCACGUCGUGCCUUACGCUGGUCCUGCUCAUAUGCUUCGAGACGGUCCUGUUGUCCACUGUCAGUGAUUGCACCAAGUCAUUCACCGUGCACUGGAACACGUCGAAUUCAAUAUUCCGGAUAGACAACACGGACCACAUAAUCGACGUGAACAAAGGAAACCAGCCUUUCGAAUACGACCAAGUGAACAUUGUGUGUCCCGUGUACGCACCGGGCACGCACGAGUCGGAUGCCGAAAAGUAUAUCAUUUACAACGUGUCCAAGGAGGAAUACGAUAUGUGCCGAAUCACUAAUCCCAAUCCGAGGAUCAUAGCGUACUGCGACAAGCCGUACAAACUUAUGUACGUCACCAUAACGUUCCGGUCGUUCACGCCUCAGCCCGGUGGACUCGAAUUUCAGCCGGGACAAGACUACUAUUUCAUUUCCACUUCGUCUAAGGAUGACAUCCACCGCAGAAUUGGCGGACGCUGCUCCACAAACAACAUGAAAGUCGUGUUCAAGGUGUGCUGCAGACCAGAAGACCAACAGAACAACCAGAACUUAGCUCCUCGACCAACGCAGAACGCCGGAAACCCUCAGCGGCUACCAUUCCCGGGCAGCACGCACGGAUAUCCGGCCCGACCGCCGUCAGUGUAUGCGUCGUCCACACAACAGCCAUCGUUGGCCGGCAAGCAACCUCCGUUCGGCGCCACCGGACCGUCCGUGAACAACAACAAGCCGUCACACAAAAAAUCAUCCGAAUACGACAAGCAUCCCAACGAAGUGGUCAAGAACGAAGAGCUCACGUACAACGGUGCCGGUGCGAUUGCCGCCAGCAUGUCUGCGAAGGUAUUGGCAAUUCUAGUCCUCGUGGCCAUCGCCGCAGUCGAUCGGUUGAUUUUAUAUCGAUAGGCUGUCAACCAGAGUAUAGCCGGAGUUUCGCCGGAUCCCCUACCCCCUCAUCAACCCUCCCCGGCAAACGUAUAUAAUAAUAUUAUGUGACAUAUUAUUACAUUAUUGACGACACACUGUGUAUAUACCUACCUAAAUGGUGUUUUUAUUUUACUAUAUAUA